AGCCAUCACUGACCGCCAAGGUCUGACCGCCCGCCUCUCUCCUCCCACCCACGCGCGGGCGCGGGGCGGGCGGGCAGAGCGCGCGGCUGCGCGCCUGGGCGGGCGUCCGCGCCACCCGCCCCCGGCCCGGCCCGCCGCGUCCGCGCCCGCCCGCGACCCCCCGCAAGCGCGCGCGCGCGCAGGCGACGCGUUCCUUCACCCGUCCGCCCCUCUCCCCCCGCAGGACAGCCAUGCAGAUCUUCGUCAAGACGCUGACCGGCAAGACCAUCACGCUCGAGGUCGAGCCGUCCGACUCGAUCGACAACGUCAAGGCCAAGAUCCAGGACAAGGAGGGCAUCCCGCCCGACCAGCAGCGCCUCAUCUUCGCGGGCAAGCAGCUCGAGGACGGCCGCACCCUCUCGGACUACAACAUCCAGAAGGAGUCGACGCUGCACCUGGUGCUCCGCCUGCGCGGCGGCAUGCAGAUCUUCGUCAAGACGCUGACCGGCAAGACCAUCACGCUCGAGGUCGAGCCGUCCGACUCGAUCGACAACGUCAAGGCCAAGAUCCAGGACAAGGAGGGCAUCCCGCCCGACCAGCAGCGCCUCAUCUUCGCGGGCAAGCAGCUCGAGGACGGCCGCACCCUCUCGGACUACAACAUCCAGAAGGAGUCGACGCUGCACCUGGUGCUCCGCCUGCGCGGCGGCGCGUGAGCGCGCUCCCGCCCCUCUCCUCUGCCCAUUGAUCAAUGGGCUUUGUUGACCGCCAGGCCGGAAGAGCGGAAGUGCCCGCCCCUCAUAGUUGGGCGAGCGUGACUGGUGCGGCGAUCAACCGAAUGGGCUAUGGCCGCUGUGAAGUGGGCUUGUUUCUUUUAUUGUGAAGACAAUGACAAAGCAGUGUGC